AUGCUUUUGCAGCAAAGAAUUGGUGGGAUUGUAGAACAAAUUAAUAGCUCUUUGUUUAAGGAGUUUUUGGAGUCUAAAUACUGUAAAAGAGGCCAUCUGGUUGAGAAAAAAAGGCACCAGGGGAAAAGGCUCACUGACAUCAGGGCCAGAUGUGAACAGCAUGUAUUAUGGAAAGUUGGCCAAGGCAACCUAUCCUUUUGGUGGGACAAUUGGACAGGACUUGGACCCAUUGCUUACCUUUUACCUACUGAAUACAGAGCAAAGAGAGUGAGGGUCUCUGAAUUUAUAUAUGAUGGCAAAUGGAACACUCUUACUCUUUCCAAUCUAUUGCCUGAUCAUAUUUGGCAACAUAUUGCCAAGAUUGGCAUUGAACCAGACAAGGAUGAUUAUCCAGUUUGGCUACCUGAUCCCAGUGGUAGAUUUACUUGUAAAUUUGCUUGGGAUCUACUUAGACCAAGGAGAAACUACACACUUUCAGCAGCGAAAACAUGGCACUAUGUUGUUGUUGCAAAACUUUCAAACUGGAAACUAUUGAACACUUUUUUUUGUCAUAGUGAGACUGCCAAGGUUUGGGAAUAUUUCUGUAACACUUGUGGCAUUCCGUACAAAAGGAUUAAUGCUAGAUCCUUGAUUCUCCAGUGGUGGUUGACUAAACCAAAAAACAAACUUCAUGAACUUCUCUUACAAUGUACUCCUAUUUUGAUCUGUUGGGAAAUUUGGAAGACAAGAUGUGCUUUCAGAUAUGAGAAUAUCCCAAUCUCCUAUAACAGGAUCAUUAAUCAAGUUACUUGGCUUGCUUAUCUCAUUAUUAACAGCCAGAUACCAUCUCUGAAUCUCAAGCCAAUUUGGCUAGAGUUGUGGGAUCAGGUUGAAACUAUUAAACAAGCUAUUGAUAUCAAGGUUGUUAGAUGGGCCAAGCCUAAUCACCUCACUAUGAAACUAAACACUGAUGGUUGUUGUAAAGGCAACCCGGGAGAGGCAGCAGGUGGUGGCAUCCUCAGAGGCUCCAAUGGACAGCUGGUGAUGGCCUUUCAUUCUUACUUUGGCACUACUAGUAACAAUGUUGCUGAAUGUUUGGCUAUCUUGAAAGGACUGCAAUGGUGUAAUGAUCAUGGCUUUCACGACUUUGUGAUUGAAUCAGAUUCUCAAAUGGUCAUUCACAUGAUCAAUGGGACAUAUAAUACUCCAAUUGUGUUGAGAGAUCAAAUCCGGAAGAUCAGGCAGACUAUGUCACAAGGAAGGAUUAUUGCUCAACACUGCUUUAGAGAAGCCAAUUUUGUUGCUGAUCAUCUUGCUAAUAUGGGACUUGCUGACAGAAGGGAUAAAUUCUUCACUCAAGCUAUAUCUUUACCACAUGAAGUUAAAGCUUUAAUGAAGAAUGAACAAAGGGGCUUUGCUCAUUUCAGAAUUAAGACCAAAAAAGGGCACUACACUUUUGACAAUGACUAA